UGAUUUUGCAUCCUGCUAUACAUUGUAGUAAAUAACUAACAGUCAGUCAGCUGGCAUUAAGACAGUUUGUUUAAGCUACACUAUAUUGCCAAAAGUAUUGGGACGCUUGCCUUUACACGCACAGGAACUUUAAUGGUAUCCCAGUCUUAGUCUGUGGGCACCUAGGCAUGCAGACUGCUUCUGCAAACAUUUAUGAAAGAAUGGUCGCUCUCAGGAGCUCAGUGAAUUCAAGCGUAGUACAGUGAUAGGUUGCCACCUGUACAAUAAGUCCAUCCAUGAAAUGUCCUUGCUACUAAAAGUUUCACAAUCAACUGUUAGUGGUAUUAUGACAAAGUGGAAGCAGCUGGGAACAACCGCAACUCAGCCACAAAGUGAUGGGCCGCGUAAAAUGAGAGAGUGGGGUCAGCACAUGCUGAAGCGCUCAGUGCGCAGAAGGCGCCAACUGUCUGCAGAGUCAAUAGCUAAAGACCUCCAGACUUCACGUAUUCUUCAGAUUAGCACAAUAACAGUGUGUAGAAAGCUUCAUGGAAUGGGUUUCCAUGGCCAAGCAGCUGCAUCCAAGACUUGCAUCACCAAGUGCAGUGAAAAAUGUUGGAUGCAGUGGUGUAAAGCACACUGCCACUGGACUCUAGAGCAGAAGAGACAUGGUUUCUAUGGUGAUGAAUCAAGCUUCUUUGUCUGGCAAUCCGAUGGAUGUGUCUGGGUUUGGCGGUUGCCAGGAGAAUGGCACUUGCCUGACUGCAUUGUGCCAAGUGUAAAGUUUGGUGGAGGGGGGAAUUAUGUUGUAGGGUUGUUAUUUAGGGGUUGGGCUUGACCCCUUAGUUCCAGUGAAGGGAACUCUUGA